UUUUUAGUGUUAUAAUUAGUUAAGGUCACAGAGAAAGUGGUUUCAUUUGGGCAGUGUUGAGGAAAAUUUACAUUUAAUGUAAUAUUUUGCCAACAAAAUAACUAAAUUUCCUAUAUAUUCUAUAUUUUGUUUACAAUGUGAAAAAUAACAGAAUACAUCACACAUAGUUAAAUCAAUGAACAAAUUAGAUUUCAAAGCCAAAUAAAUUGCCAGAUUCCUUAACAAGGGGCAUUUGAAGAAAAGAUGAUCGAUUGACUCAAUACUAUACUUACAAAAAUUACAAUUUAAACUAGUGUUACUAAAUUUAGAAAUAAUUAAAUUAGUGGGGUAUAUAUUGUGCAAAAUGUUUACAAAAAAUGUUGUGCAAAAUCAUUUUGUUACUACAUUUUGGGUCAUAAAUACUCCUGUCUUCAACCAAUUAACCUGUGUUUUGAAUGUAUUGCUCUUGAAGUGAUGACGCGUGGAGUGGGCGGGGCCGCAGAGGAAACAGACAAACUAAACAGAGUCGUGCUGGCUGAGUGUGUACACACACACACAUACACACACACACACACACUACGAAGAGCUCUGAGCGACACAAACACUUUAUUUAUGAUACUAAAAAGUGUCAUUGCCUGCUUUUUCUGUAGCUGUCUUUUGUUUGUUUUCGGUUUCGUUUCGGCAAAACUAAACGAUGGCAGUUUAUUAGAAGCUGCGGUUGAAGAGCAAGUCUGUCAUUUUCUUGGCGGAUCGGAGGCACUGCGAUGCCCUCUGAUUUCACAACGCUCUUUAGCGCGGAUAUCGACCUCGAUUCGCCCAAGUCCCUCUACUCCAAAGAAUCGGUAUAUGAUCUUCUCCCGAAAGAGCUGCAGCUGCCAUCUUCUAGAGAGCAGAACGCAGCCGCUAUGAGUCAAAAAAGUGGUGGAGAGGCAGGACCUCCUCCGUCAACAGCUCUCGCCGCAGAUGCCUCAUCCGCCUCUUCUGCUAUGAGCACGGGAAGUCCUCGCAGUGCUUUUCCCACCUCUUCCACCUCAGCUUCAGAACGGAUGGCCGUGCAUGACAGCAGCACGUCAGGAGAUGUUAGCAGUCGAAGGAAAGCCGAGGAAAACAAGCUUUCCGGCAGAGAAAAAGGUGGCCAGCAGACCCAGCAGCAACACCAGAUGACACCCUCCAAACGGCCUGUCCUCAACAUCUCGCCUCCACCCGAGGACCUGUUCGAUGACAGCCAAAUGUCCUGCCAGGAUGAGCUGCUUCAUGACUCCGAGCAGAGUAACAGCAUCUGGAUGGAAAACUCUGUCUCCAACUUCAGCAUUGUGAGCUCCAGCUCCUACAAUGACAACACUGAAGUGCCCCGCAAGGCCCGUAAGUGUACCCCACGACAGAAGCCGGGAUCAAAGCCGGUCCCUGCUGAAGAGGCCAGCAUGGAUGUCUUUGAUGCAGAUAGUGCCAAAGGUCCACACUUUGUGCUCUCACAACUUGGCCCAGACAGCAAGGCCUGUUCCAAAGCAAGUUCUGAUGGACCACAAGCAUCUGGUCUCAAAGGUGGGAUACUGUCUUGUCAGUAUCCUCAGAAAAGUGAAGGGAAAGAGCUGAAGAUUGUGGUUCAGCCUGAGACUCAACAUAGAGCGCGUUACCUGACCGAAGGCAGCCGUGGGUCUGUGAAAGACCGAACACAGCAGGGUUUCCCUACUAUCAAGCUUGAGGGUGUGAAGGAGUCAGUGGUCCUGCAGAUAUUUGUGGGCAAUGAUGCUGGACGUGUGAAGCCCCAUGGGUUCUACCAGGCUUGCAGAGUUACAGGCCGGAACACAACAGCCUGUAAGGAAGUGGACAUCGAAGGCACCACUGUCAUCGAAGUGCCUCUGGAUCCCAGCAGCAGUAUGACUCUGGCUGUAGACUGUGUGGGGAUCCUGAAGCUCAGGAAUGCCGAUGUGGAGGCCCGUAUUGGGGUGGCUGGAUCUAAGAAGAAGAGUACCCGUGCCAGACUGGUGUUUCGAGUCAACAUCCCACGCCCGGAUGGCUCUGUGCUCACGUUACAGACCUCGUCGUCUCCCAUACUGUGCACCCAGCCUGCAGGAGUACCUGAGAUUCUCAAGAAGAGUUUACACAGCUGUUCGGUUAAAGGGGGGAGUGAAGUCUUUAUUAUUGGAAAAAACUUUCUCAAAGGAACCAAGGUCAUAUUUCAGGAGAAUGCUUCAGCAGAUGAUAAGUCCUGGAAGGCAGAGGCUGACAUUGACAUGGAGUUUUUCCAUCAGAAUCACCUUAUUGUCAAAGUUCCUCCAUAUCAAAAUCCAGCUAUCACAUCUCCUGUAUCUGUUGGUAUCUAUGUUGUUACAAAUGCCGGACGGUCUCAUGAUGUUCAACCAUUUACAUACACUCCAGAGCCAGCUGUUGAUUCUUCUGUGAAAAAGGAAGUCUUGCCUCCAGUGACACCUUGUUGUUUUGAACAAAUAAAAGUAAUCGAUACUGCCUUGAUGACGCCAGUUUUGCCUCUUGUUAAACGAGAAGAGGCCACACCAAUGGAGGUCUCCAGUAACCCCUCGGCCUUCAAGACCUCUGAAGUCAUCAAUUCAGCCCAGCAAGCCUUAGACAUGAGUACUGAGAUCUCCACCAAUAACUGCAAAUUUUCCAGUCCGCUGGCACACCAAACAAGAGAACAGGAUCAAUCUCCGAAUUCUGUCUUUUCCAACAAGGAACCAUUCAACACCAUCCAGGAACAGAAUCUUCCACCUAGCGGCUCUUUCCAUGUGCCUAAUAAAUCUCUUCUCCAGCAAGGAGUUCAGCCAUUCCUCUUGGAACACAGAGACAGUCUUGGACAGGAGAGAUCGGGCAACAGUGGCGGAUCAGUGGUGGGGCUGUCCCAAAUAGAUGACAACCCGCAGCAACAGCUCUCACUUCUACCUCCAGAUGAGGUGGCACAACUGGAGCAGGCUGUGCGGCAGCUGCAAGCAAAGGGAUUCUGCAACAUCCAACUCCAGAGUGAGAAUUCACUGUCAAAGCAAAGACAACAUCAACUUCAACAGCAGCAGCAGCAAAUCCAACAACAGCAGCAGCAAAUCCAGCAACAACAGCAGCAAAUUCAACAACAGCAGCAGCACAUUCAGCAUCAAGAGCAGCAAAUCCAGCUGCAACAGCAACAACACCAGCAGCAGCAAGCUCUGGAGAACCUUCAACAUCAGCUUUUUCAGCCCCAGGUUCAGAUUCAUUGUAGUUCAGAGCAACAGAGCUCUUCCCAGGGAAUGGUGCAGAAUGGAAGUUCCCUCUUCCAGCAAACCCCAUCACAACAACAACAGCAGCAGCAGCAAGCAACCUUGUUUCAACAAGCAACUGGCUUUCUUCAGCAGCAACCCAGUCAUUCCUCACCUUCCCUGUUUCACAACCCUUCGGCCAUGACCGAAGCCCAAAGCCCACAGGAGGCUCUUUUCCACACACAGAAGACCUCACCCAACCAGGAUCAGGUCCAGGCUUCCCUUUUCCAAAGCAAUCUCACGGUUCUCAGUGGGUCCAACAUGUCUGUAGAAGCUCAGCCCUCUGCAACCAGUAUGUUUCUUUCCCAGAAUGCUGUACCAGGACAACUUGCUGUUAAUGCUAGCCAGCCACAGCAACUGGCUUUCCUCACUUCUAUGCAGGGGACUCUCAAGGCCCAAUCUGUAUUUCAGACUCCAACCCAACUGUCCCCUAUUCAGCAAGGCACUCCGAUGGAGCAGCAGCAGUCACCACAGCAUGCCCAACCAGGCUCCAUUUUCCAGAGUAUCUCCCAAUCACCAAGCAAACUUUCCCCUGGUCAGCAACAGCAGACUGGUCUACUCCUUGGGUCCUUAAAUUCUGCAGUAACACAAGAGCAAACCUCAAAUCUGUUAUUCGGUGGACAAGUUCAGAUAGGACCGAUGAACAACAGCAGCCUAGCUUCUCCAGAACAACAGAACACUUCCCAUCCCUUCUCUCAGGCCAGCAUGGUUACAGUCAGGCAGCAGGAGUCAUCUAAAUCCAUGACAUUUCAGGAUCAGACUAGUAUGGUGGUCAACCCAUCCUCGAAUAAGCCCAUUUUCCAAGACCAGCAACCAAUGCAGUUGGCACCAAGUUCUGGUACAGGCCCUUCACAGUCUGUAAACCUCUUCAUGGCCCAGUCCAACAUGCAAGGGGGUAUGGCUUCUCAAGAAACCCUUUUUGCACCACAGAGUGAUAUAACUGGAAUUCAAACCAGCUCUUCCUCUCCAGUACAACAGCCUGGUCAACUCUUUCAGACUACAAUGGAUGGAAGCCUCAACCAGCCCAACCAGAAUCAGCAGCCUGACCUCUUCCUUUUUGAGAUCCAGAAUGAGUGCCGUCAGCUGAUGAACAGCCAAGGAUCUACACUGUCUGAUCAGAUCAUUGCCAUCAGUCAGUCUGGACAGAGCCAGCAAGAAAGUGAGGGUCAAAUCCAGUCUUUACUUGGGCAGUCCAUGCCAGACCCUGGAAAUGCGCCGAGCACCUUGACAACCUCUCAGAACAUGGAGAAGAUUGACGAUCUUCUGUGACAGAGAGAGCAUUUUGAGAAGAUCAGGACACAUGGGACUACUGGAGUUAUGCCUGAACGUGAUUUGCAGACACCCCACUUUCUCAGUGAGCAUUGGUUAACUUUGUGAUGUCUAUUUUUAGCAAAUAAUCAAGAAUGCCUGAUAGAAGCAGUCUGCAGUGACAUUUUUAUUUUUUUGUAAACAGUCAUUAAUACCUUUUUGUCUGACACACCUGAGUAUCUAUAAGCUAUUUUUCUUUUUGAAAAAUCUUUUAUUUAGUCAAAUGGGGAAAUAAAUUGUGUAGAAUAUACAUAUUAUGUACAUUCACUUAGAAUAUUAGUGAGAAAACAAAUGUGUUUUGGCAUUUUCCUUCUAGCACUUUAUAUAUGUUUUCAGUGUGGUUAGUUAUUCCUGACUCAUUAACAUUUCAUCGAGCUUUCUAUCUCAAACUAUGUUUAUUGUAUUCUACUGUCUUUCAUCCCUGUCUGUUUUAGACUAAUUCAUAUAACACUACCUUUCCAUUAGAAAUGCACAUUCCUGGUUAAAAAUCAGACAAGCAGUUAUCAGUAAUCUAAAAAACAAAGCUUCUGAUAUUUAUUUUUGAUUUUGGUUUACAUAAGUCAUUUCUUGCCAUCUUAUUUAGAUCGGUGUCUGUGUUUUGCAUGUCUGAGUGUCUCAUAUACAUGUGUAUGCGUGACAUGUUUUCUGAUAAUACCUCUAAAAGUGUGUCAUUAUUAAAUUUAUUCCUAUAAUGAUUCUAAAAUAGUGACAGUUGAUGCUCAAAUCGUUUUGUGUCAUCGUGGUAGGUUAUUUUAUUUUAUUUACCAGUGUCUGGUACGCUGGAACAGGGCUGAUUGCAUUUUUUUUGGCAAAUUAGAAGGGAGAGUCCAACCAGUAUUAUCGACAAGUUCUCUGAACAUGCAGUAAAUUCAAACGCUAUAUAUGCUGGGGAAGCAACCCUUUAUCUUUUGUAGCAGAAAUGGUUUUUAUCAAUCACUUAUACUUAAAUCCUACAAAAUCUGUUGGCAUGUCAAAAACAGAAGAUCAUGUCAAAUAUUUUAUCUACUUUAUCAAAAAUUGGUCAGUUUUGUGGCUCAGUUGGUUCAGUGUUUGUGUAUUUGGUAAUGAAGUGAAUUUGUUAUGAAUGUAGAGAAACAUUAUAUGAGUUCUAUAUUUCUGGUAAUAUCAAGCUCAUGUAUGUUUUGUAGUGUCAGACAUAAUGUAAAGCUGCCAAACUAGUUUGUGUGCUUAAUAUUAGCCUGAUGUGACGGUAGCUGGCAGAUUGUUUGUUUUGUUGUUAGUAGCAUAAGGGUGAAAAUGUAUACAUUAUGAGGGAGCUGUUCUCUGUAAUGUCACAGAAAUGGCUCAUUUGAGCCUGCUAUGUUUGGUAUUCAAUGUCAAUUUUUUUUGACCAUUUUCUUUGCUCAGAAUCUUGGGUGAUUUUUAUGCCUACUUUUUAGUAGAGACUAUUUGAUCCUCUGUUUUUUGGAGACGUUUUGCUUGAAGGGUGCUUUUUUAUAUCUCUGCAUGGGGAAGAACUGUGAAUGGGAACUGGAAAAAAAGUCUUCAUCUCUGUACAAUACUAAUUGUUAUUUUUUCCAUAAUACUCAAUAUUUAUGUGAAUAUUUACUUUUUCACCAUACCUCUUUUAGAAAAUAUUUAUUUUUGUGUCUCAAGAAUUUUCAAAAUUAGAAUCAAUGCAUAUUAGAUUUCGAUUAAAAUGCAUAAUUAUAACAUAUUUCUUUUAUGUCAUAUCUUUUAAAGAAAAAUGUGUGUGUGUGUGUGUAUCCCGUAUAUUAUUGUAACAUCAUGGUUAGGCUAUAGAGACAUUGUUGAGAAUCAUUAUUAUAAUGCACAGUCAUUCAGUUGUGCGUUCCUAUACUUUCACUAUAGCAAAAAGAUCAUGGUUCUCAACCGAGCUGGAUUUAUAGCAGAAAAUAUAACUCUGGUUAGAACUGGACCUAUAAUGAUUUCAUCAAUCUUUUGGGAAAUAUAAGCCAUAUAAACAAACAUUGCCCCUAAAAAUUCUAUUUUGUAUGAUUCUUGGGACCAAUUAUGAAUUAUAUAUAGUUCAAUUUAAAAUCUAAUCAUCUUUUUUGGGUGAAAUAACAUUUAUAAAUUAAAAAAAAAUAUUUAUAAAUUAAAAGAAAAUCAACAAAAUGUAAUAGGAACACAAGUGUGUAGGUGCAGUGUCUGUUCUUUGGUAGUCCUUUUUUUCAGUCCUUUUUUUUUUUUUUUUUUUUCUCAAUAUUGCAAGCGAGGCAUUGCAUAUCAAAAAUAGUUUAGUCAUUUAUUUAUAUUCUGACAUACAUUCUUCCUACUCAUCCCAGUCACUAAAAUGUAUACCAAACAAUGUGCCUCUAAAUUUACUAAAACCAAAUAAUUUGUAUAUUGGUUGCAUGGCGUGGUAAAUAUACAGUAAUUAGUUGUGCCUUCUGAUUUGUAUUUAAAAGCAGAUAAUUUCCUUGCCAUUGCAUAUUUUGACUGGUCAUGAAACGACACCCCUUUAAAAAUUAGUUCCACAAUGGAUAUGUAGGCUAUGUGUUGUAUGUUUCACUUUAAAGGUGCAUUUCUGAGCGAUUUCUGAGAAACACUGUUGAUAUUUGAAAUCAACCCAAACAAACACACCGUUCCCUUCAUUGCUUCACCUCCAAAAUGCAAGCAAUGAAAGAGUGGAUGUCUCUUUAUCAUAGCAGCAGAGGCGAAGGGACAUGUUUGGAACUGAGGUGCCUGGUUGCUGAAACCACGCCCACCUAGCGCGACGUGAUCAUGUUAGCAGGCAAAGGAGCUAUAUAUCUAUCUAUCUUAGAUACUAUCUAAAAUAUUAAUAAAGAUAACAAGUUAUAUCAUUAGAAAGUUAUAAAGGUUUACGGUCAAUCUACGGUGUCUUUUUUACGAUGCUCCAGCACCAGUAAUUGUAAUUUGUGUCGGGUGUGCAAAUAACAACAUGAAAAAUCAAACAGAACUUCAUACCUUUAUAAUGAAAUAGCAAUCGCAAGAUGAAUCCAAUCCGUUGGACUUGGGUAAAAUGUCCAUGAGGUCCAUUGAAAAAC